AUGACUGCGGUAGACCGUUCGCAUCUGGACAGGCUAAGGCCGCUGUCGAGUGCGACUGAUCUCACCGACUUCACCCACUCCACCCUCGAGGCUGAUUCGGACCCCCAGUCGGACGACUUUGCAGACUUUGAAUCAGAAACGCAGAGUCUCACGCCGAGUAUAUGGGACUAUGUGCGCCAGUAUGGCAGGACCUACCACCGUUACAUGGCUGGCGCCUAUCCAUUCCCCAACGACGAGCCUGAAAGAGAACGAUUGGAUAUGCAACAUGCCAUCAUCAAGGCACUGUUCGGCCAAAGAAAUUGGUUCGCGCCGCUCAAGCGCCCGAAGCGUAUGCUGGAUAUUGGUUGUGGUACAGGGAAAUGGUGCUUGGAAAUGGGUAUUGCUGCAAAUCUAACCCCACACCAGGUCGAAGGCAUUGACCUCUCCCCCAUUCAGCCCGACGUCACCCCCGGAAAUGUAGACUUCUUCAUCGAUGACAUUCGCCGCAAAGAAUGGUGGCACUGCACCCAGCCAUACGACUACAUCCACACGCGCUUCACCCUCGGCAUCUUCCAAGACUUCCGCGAAAUCAUACAAAAAGGCUUCAACAACCUAGAACCAGGGGGCUGGAUGGAGUCGCAAGAAAUCUACUCCAAGGUCUUUUGCGACGACGGCACCAUGCCCGCGGACUUUGAACUGCUCGAGUGGACCAAGACGCAAGACUUGGCCGCCAUGAGGCUGGGCAGGCCGCUCAGGAUUGCAAAUAAGCUGAAGAUGUGGUAUGAGCAGGCAGGCUUUGUCGACGUGCACGAGGAGGUCUUCGCCAUACCCAUCAACUCGUGGCCACGCGACGCGCGGUACAAGUUGCUCGGAAAGUUCUUCCACUGGAACAUGUGCCAGGGUGUACACGCAUGGACGGUGGAAUACUUCAUCAAAGCGCUGGGCUGGACCGAGACGGAAGUUGAAGUCUACCUGGCGCAUUUGCGGAAUUCCAUUGCUGAUAAGACGGUACAUUGCUACUACAAAGUAUGGGUUGUAAAAGGCCGUAGACCUUUCCCAACUGAACCACCGAGCGAAACACCCAAACCCUCACACUGGCCCCGCGAACCCACGUCCGACGACGAGGGCGAUGACGACGAUGAUGAUAUUGACAACGGCACUGCGACGAUCGCAUAA